AUGAAUGAAGUCACCGUGACCAUCGCGGGGUCCGUGUGUGACGUCCAGUCCACGAACAACACGCACAUCAUCUGUGUGACCAACUCCCAGGGACAGUCCCAGGAAACCAAAGUCCGACUCAGCGUCGGAGACCAGGGCAUCGCCAGGAUGGACAACGCUGAUUUCUUCUACAUCGACGUGUGGUCGUCCAGGUUCACGUGGGGCGGUCUGUCUCCACCAGAGAGGGGCUCGUUCGCCGUCAUCACUAAAGGCCAGACCAUCCUUCUGGACACCAACACCCCUGUGCUGAAAAUGCUUCUUAUCAAAGGAGGAACGUUGGUGUUUGAUGAAGCGGACCUUGAGCUGCAGGCAGAAAACAUCCUCAUCACAGACGGCGGGCGGCUGCAGAUUGGAACAGAGGAUGCGCCUUUUCAGCAUAAAGCCAUCAUCACGCUGCACGGAAACCAGCGCUCACCUGAACUUCCCGUUUACGGCACCAAGACGCUGGGUGUCAGAGAGGGAAUUCUGGACCUCCAUGGUAUCCAUGUUCCUGUUACCUGGACCCACUUGGCCCAGACUGCCACCAAGGGAUCCAACACGUUGACCCUGAUGAAGGCGGUGACCUGGAAAACUGGAGACAUGAUCGUCAUCGCCUCAACCGGGGACAGGCACAGUCAGAGAGAAAACGAGGUGAGACACAUCGCCUCAGUGUCAGCUGAUCAAACGACGCUGACCCUGACCAAACCUCUGGAGUACACUCAUCUCGGAGUGACCGUCACGCUGCCGGACGGCUCGGUGAUCGAGGGCCGAGCUGAGGUGGGUCUCCUCACCAGGAACGUUGUGGUGCGAGGAGCUGAACACCAGGAGUGGAAGGACAAGAUCGAAGCAUGUCCCGAAGGCUUCAACACAGGUGAAUUUGCCACUCAAACCUGUUUCCAAGGACGGUUUGGGGAGGAGGUCGGCAGCGAUCAGUUUGGAGGCGCCAUCAUGUUCCACGCACCCGUACCCAAUAAGAAUCUUGCGAUUGGCAGAAUCUCACAUGUUCAGAUCUACAACGCAGGACAGGCCUUCAGGCUGGGACGUUACCCCAUCCACUGGCAUUUGAUGGGAAACGUCGACUACAAGUCGUACGUGAAGGGUUGUGCGAUCCAUCAGACUUACAACAGGGCCAUAACCAUCCACAACACUCACCGGCUGCUGGUGGAGCGCAACGUCAUCUACGACAUCAUGGGGGGGGCCUUCUUCAUCGAGGACGGCAUAGAGACGGAGAACAUCCUGCAGUACAACCUGGCUGUGUUCGUCAAACAAAGCACCAGCCUGCUGAACGACGACGUCACUCCCGCCGCCUACUGGGUCACCAAUCCCAACAACAUCGUCCGCCACAAUGCCGCGGCGGGGGGCACCCACUUUGGUUUCUGGUACCGCAUGCAUGAGCACCCUGACGGCCCGUCCUACGACCCAAACAUCUGCCAGAAGAGGGUUCCCCUCGGGGAGUUCUUCAACAACACCGUGCACUCUCAGGGCUGGUUCGGCAUCUGGAUCUUUGCCGACUACUUCCCCAUGAAAAAUGGAGGCUGCCGCUCCUCUACCCCCGAACCUGCAGUCUUCAAGUCCCUCACCACCUGGAACUGUGAGAAGGGUGCUGAGUGGGUCAACGUGGGCGCCGUGCAGUUCAGUGACUUCCGCAUGGCCAACAAUGAGAAAGCCGGCAUUGAAGCCAAGCGGAUCAUGCGAUGGGCAGUGUCUGCUUUUGGAGAAGAUGGAGGGGCGACAGUGUCCAACAGCACCAUUGUGGGUCAUGUGGAUGAGCUCGGAAUGGGAAGCAAUUACUGCACGCACCGAGGUGUCAUCACGCCAUUUGACGACGGCAUGAGUGUCCUUAACACCAAGUUCAUCAACUUUGACCGCAGCUCCUGUGCCGCCAUCGGAGUAACCAAAAUCGACGGGACAUGUGCGGAUCGCUGUGGCGGCUGGAGCGUCAACUUUAAAGGCAUCCAAUAUUUUAACUCACCCAACAAGGCCAGCUUCAGAUGGGAGCACGAGGUGCAGCUGCAGGACACUGACGGCUCCCUCACAGGAACCAUCAACCAGAAAGUCGUUCCCAUGAGCCCCUUGCUGGACCCUGCUCACUGCACCCAGAGUGCCGAGUGGAGCGUGGGGUUCCCCGGUGCAGUGUGCGACCACACCGUCCAGUUCCAUCGCUUGGCAUUCAACAAUCCCACGCCCACCUCUCUGAAGGCCAAGGACGCCAUCUUCACGAACUCACACGGCACCAGUGUGGUCCCCUAUCUGAAGAAGAGAAUGACUCAUAAGCUCGGCUGGAUGGCUCUGCUGCCGUCCCAGCAAACAUACAACUUUUACUUCGAUAACAUGGACCAAAUCACCAACAUCACGUAUCAGUCCAAAUUCUACGGCUUCAAGGCUGAUCAAUAUCUGAUCAUCAACCACAACUUCACCCAGAGUCCGGACAGCUUCCGUAUAAUCGAUAGGAGGAACGGAUCAACGGCGCCGCUGAGCUUCGGCAACAACAGCAACGGAGACUGGUACUUCGAUGAAAGCUCCAACAACCUCUACUAUUUGGUGUCCGGCAAGAAGAGCGGCCGCAGGCGUCGUAACAGCGUUGACCGCUCCAUGCUUGAUGUGGCGGUCAACUUUGCCGUCUACCGCUGCUUCUACCCCAACUGCAUCCCACCGACUCCAGCGCCUCCAGCCACACUGGCCCCCCUGCCCACCGGCCGGCCGGACGACUUCAUUCGAUGGUCAAACGCCUCCUUCUGGGGAAGUUCAGCUGAAAAUAACUUCACCGCACCAGCAGAUGGCGCUGAUGUGGUCAUCCCAGCAGGGAAGUGGGUGGUUCUGGACAGCGACACUCCGAAACUCAACAAGCUGACGGUCAUCGGGGUUCUCGAGAUCCCCGACAGCAUGAACAGCUCGUCCACCAGAACUUCUCGAUCCACACCAGUGUACAGCACCUUGGUGAUCGACGCCGUCUACAUCUCCAUCCAGGGCGGGCGGCUGAUCGCUGGAUGGGACGACAAACCAUUCAGAGGGGAGCUGCACUUUAAACUGAGAGGGAACCACCGCACUCCAGACUGGCCUCUGCCCAACGGACCCAACCAGGGAUCCAAAGUCCUGGGUGUGUUUGGAACACUGGAGCUUUAUGGACAACCUCAUAAUGUUUAUCACACAAAACUCGCCGCCACUGCGUCGGCUGGAUCCAACACGCUGACACUGUCGCAGUCCGUCGACUGGCAGGUCGGAGACGAGGUUCUCAUCUCCACCACCAGCUACAGCGCCUGGGAGACGGAAAAACGUCACAUCAGCGCCGUGUCACCAGACGGACGCACCCUGACCCUGAACAACUCUUUGACCCACACUCACAUCGGUGAGACUCACUCAGUCUCAGGAACAUCUCGCUCCUACACUCUGGCUGCUGACGUCGGCCUCCUGACCCGAAACAUCAAGAUCAUCGGUCAGGAGUACCCGGACAUGAUGAAGGACUCGUUUGGAGCCAGACUGCUGGUUGGUACUUACUCCUGGGCUGGAAUCGACUAUAAAG